AUGCGUGGAAUUACCCUGUGCACCCUGGCCGUUCUGGUCGUAGUCGCAAGUGGAGCUUUCGCUCCCCUUCGCCAGGCCAAGGAGAGGAUCGCUGGACGUUACAUCAUCGGAUUGAAGGAUGAUGUUGAUGUUGAUGCUAUGGCUGAGAGGCUUCAGGGUCUCUUCCACACCGGACGUUUCCAGGCCCGUAUCUUCAAGCGCAUCAAGAACGUAAUGAAGGCCCUCACCGCUCAGCUGAGCGAGAAGGCCCUCGAGACCGUACGCACAUUGGACUUUGUUGAGUUUGUUGAGGAGGAUGGUAUUGUCAGGUCCCUGGCUACUGCUACCUGGGGUCUUGACCGUAUCAACCAGAGAGAUCUUCCCCUCGAUGGUGCCUACACCCCAACCGCCGAUGGUACUGGUGUCAGUGUAUACGUUAUCGAUACUGGAGUGGUCCCGACCCACGUUGAGUUCAGCGGACGUGCUGUUGCUGCUUACGAUGCUCUAGGUGGAGACGGUGUCGACUGCAACGGACACGGAACUCACUGCGCCGGAACUGUCGGAAGUGACACAUGGGGUGUUGCUAAGAAUGCUGAUCUUAUUGGUGUCCGUGUGCUCUCAUGCCUCGGAUCCGGAUCCUUCUCCGGAAUCAUCGAUGGUAUGGAUUGGGUUACCGCCAACGCUAAAAUGCCCGCCGUUGCUUCCAUGUCUCUUGGUGGUGGUUCAUCUCUGUCCAUUGAUCUGGCUGUUAGGAGCAUGGUCCAGGCCGGUAUCACCGUCUCUGUAGCUUCCGGUAACAGCAAUGCUGAUGCUUGUGACUUCUCACCUGCCAGAGCUCGUGAUGCUAUCUCUGUCGGUGCCACCGACAGCAGUGACGUCAGAGCUUCCUUCUCCAACUACGGACCAUGUGUUGACAUCUUCGCCCCCGGAGUGGACAUCACCUCAGCAUGGAGAGGAUCCGACACUGCUACCACCACCAUCAGCGGUACCUCCAUGGCUUGCCCACACGUCUCAGGUGUUGCUGCCCUUAUCCUGGGCCAGAGCCCCAGCCUGACCCCCAAUGAGGUUAUGGCCAAGAUUCUGGCUGAUGCUAGCUCCGGUAGAGUCUCCAACAAGGGAGUCCUCUCACCCAACCUUCUUCUCUUCACCGACAUAACUUCUCACGCUGAAGUACUCUCGCGUUCCUUUGGGUUUUCCAAAUCCCUUGGAUCCAACAUUGCUCUUAAAAACCAUCUACUUCGGAGUCUAAAACGAGUUAGAUCACCUGCAAGAUGCUUGGCCAACUGCCUCCGCGAACCGGAAUGUUUGGCCGUGAAUUACAAGGAUGUAUCGGGUAUAUGCGAGCUGAUUGAUGGUACGAAGACUGAGUACCCCGGAGAUGUAAAGGAGGAGUCUGGAUGGAUGUACUACGAGCUGGAGACCAAGACAAAGGCAGCUCCUGUUCUCAUGACAACCGAAGCAUCAACAACUAGAACUCUGACACAGGAGACACUGCCCUCAACUACUGGUAGGUCUUCGAUUAUAAACACACAAUGA